AUGCUAAUUAAGGGAAACAGCUUGAUUCUGGCAACGCGGGCUCCAGCCGGGGCCAGGGCGCCGCCCGGGAGACCCGCGGCCGGAAACGCCCCCGCGAGCGACUCACUCAGCCGCCCCUGCCCCAAGCACCGGCCGGACGCCGGGCCGCAGCGGGGCCGCCGCCGGGUGUGGACAGAGGCGCCGGCCGCCCGCGCCCAUCCCCCGCCCGCGGCGGAAACGUCUCCGUUCUCCACAGGUCGCCCCCGGGUCCCACACCUGGGGCUGGCGACUCCUGCUCACCCGAGUCCCUCAGUCCUGAGGGUGGGGAUCCAGUGCGGCCGGCGGCCCCGAAGACGCUGGGCCCCAGGAGCGCGGCGGCGGGGGCGUGGCCCUCCCGCGGCGGCUAGGGCCGGGGUCUCGCCUCCGCCUCCCUUAGAGGAAGGCUGGCGCCGCCGCCUCCCCUUCCUUCCGGUUUCCCCUCGCGCCCUCCCUCGGCCGCUCAGUCCUGAGCGGAAAACUGCGUCCUCUCUGGGCGCCGCCGCACGCUCCUCAGGGCCCGACCACCGCCAGACUCCUCCCCCGGGAGCCGCGCCGCCCGCCCUCGCCGCCUCGUCAGCCCCGGGGCCGCGAGACGCCCGGCUUGCCGCUCCCACCCCGCCCCUGCGGCGCGCUCUCGCGCUCUUGGCGGGCCCCUUUCGAGGCCCGGGGACGCGCGGACAGCGGACCGUGGGCCAGCCUUCGCCAGAUCCCACCGGAAAGCCAAAACAAUUGGGUCCGCGCAGGCGCGUGGAGGAAGCGGAAAGAGCAGGAAGGGCGGGGAAGGCGCGAGAAAUUUGCAGGCUGAGUCCGGGAGUGGGAACACGGUGGACUAGACAACACCAGACCAGGGAAGAAAGGGAGACGCUGGGUGAGUGGGCCUUGUCUCCUCGGCCCCUUCUCUCCAAAAGACGCUCUCCACUUAUCAGAGCACGUUCGGUUUUCCAGUACUCAUCGAGAGAGACUUCAUGUCCUGGUCUCAAGGCCAGGGGAAAACUCAGAACAGCACCUGAAAGAGCUUGCAGUUCUGGGGAGUGAACCGUUGGCGUGUGGAGGGGACGCUCUUCAGCUAGUUUGUGCUGCAGUGCCUCGGCUUCCAGCUCCCCCCAGUAACUUCCAAAGGAGAGCCUUCAGCUUCACAAAGCGAGGCCUUUGUAACAGCCGUAGGCUGUGGCCCACUCUGGUGUGGUUAACUUGGUACGGUUUGCUAGCAAGCAGAAAGCCACAGAUCUACACUCUAGUUUGACAGAAGUUAUUCAUAGAUCACAAAACUGUCAGAAAUGCCCACAUAGACUUCACCCACCUUCAUAACUUCCAUUCUUGGCACAAGCCCAAUCUGGAGAAUGUACGUGACCAAUUAUAAACUACACACACACAUGUAACUGAAGAGCUUCUUUAGGCCAGAUUAAAUCAACUGAAUACACACCAAGAUAUGUAUGUCUGGAAUUACGGCAGAAUCUAGAAACUAAUUCAAAGUAUCUUUUAUUGACUGUCCAGUAUGCUCUCACUCUGCUUAGUCUGAUUAAAUGUCUGUUUUUGAUACUUAAGAUUCAAAUCAUUUAACAGAUGGUUGUGUUCCUACUCUGCAGGCUGGAUCCUGGAGAUGCAAAGUCUAAACAAGAAGGAAGAAACAAAAAAAGAGUUUGUGUUUCCUCCUCUAGAAGACAGAAUCAUUUAAAACUUUUUAAAGACGAGUAUCUUUGUAUUUAUUUUGGCCUCACCGUGCUGGCAUGUGGGAUCCUAGUUCCCGACCAGGGAUGGAAUCCCCCCACCCCAACCCCGCAUUGGUAGCAACGAGUCUUCACCACUGGACCAGAAGGGAAGUCCCAAGGAAGAGAAUAUAUUGAUAAGAUUUUAGAAAAUUCUGAAGCAUGGUGCAUAUUGGACUGAAUCUGGGGUUACUAGUUAAGGAGGCUGUAAAAAUAAUCCAGACAGGAGGUGGAGAGAGUCCAACCUAAUGUGAGGAUAGUGAAACAGAGCUGGACUUAAAACUAGCUAGAUAUAAUAUGUAAGACUCAGGCACUAAGAGGAUGAGGGGAAAUAAGAAGUGAAGGAUGACUGAGUUUUCCGGUUAGGGUGACUAAAUAGUAAUAUCAGUAACUAUAGGAAAAGUAGCUAAUUGUGAGGAUAAAAGACUACUAAAAGGUAUCAUUUUAACAGUUAGGAAUGCAAUUCCUACUGCAGUGGCUUAAAGAAGGGUCUGUUUAGUCACAUAAAUCUGCAGGUAGUUGGUUAUCCUUGAUUCAACAGCUCUAGAAAAACAGAGCUCAAAUGUCUCUGAGUCUUUUAACAUUUCUCUCAUAAUUCCAAGAUGGCUGCAAGUUUUAGCCUUUACAUAGUUAGUUGUCAGAGGCAGGAAGAUAGGGAAAGGAACAGCUUCAGCCAUCUUUUUCUUUUUUUCCCCAAGAAAGUAAAAGCUUUCCCAGGAUAAUACUCCAUACCCCAACUCAGCAGACAUUCACAUACAUCUCACUUUCUAGAACUGUAAUUCAGCCAACUAUAGCUGUGAAGACUUAGUUUUUCCAAGGUCUAGCAAAAGCCUAUUUGGGUCAGACAAGUAGCAAUCUGUUACUUAGUUAAUACUUACAGCAUUACUUUAUAACAUUUAAAACACUGUGGGACGGCAGGCUGGAUUGAAGUUUCUAAAGUUUCCAGACGAAUCUUUUCGGUGUUUUAUC